AUGGAUUCUCUUCAGGAUUUUGAAACCUUGUAUUCUAACUCUUCUUCUGCUGAUUUCCCCGGGAGCCUGUCGAUGACUGCCGUGACCUCCGCCGGGAACGGAAACGGGAACCCAUUAUCGUUGACGGUUUCCUCUUCUUCUUCCUCCACUUCUCCGACCACUCUCAGCCGCUACGAGAACCAAAAGCGCCGUGACUGGAACACUUUCGGACAAUACCUCUUCAACCAUCGCCCGCCUCUCUCGCUCUCCCGCUGCAGCGGCGCACACGUCCUGGAAUUCCUCCGGUACCUUGACCAGUUCGGGAAAACCAAAGUCCACACCCCGCUUUGCCCUUUCUUUGGUCACCCUAAUCCUCCGGCUCCAUGUCCCUGUCCUCUUCGUCAAGCUUGGGGAAGCCUCGACGCUCUAAUCGGCCGCCUCCGAGCCGCCUUCGAGGAGCACGGAGGCAAGCCCGAAGGGAAUCCGUUCGGUGCUAGAGCUGUUAGGCUUUACCUACGUGAGGUUCGUGAUUCACAGUCCAAGGCCAGAGGCAUAAGCUACGAGAAGAAGAAAAGGAAACGACCACCACCGCAAGCUUCUCCAUCUCUUCCGCCAUCAAACAUCAAUCGAAAUCAGUAA